GUGAGCGCGUCGCCGUAGCCCGAUCGAAAGCGGGGCCGGUUCUGACCCCAUUGGCUGCUGCCUCCAGCGCGUCCAGACGGAGACGGGGACGCUCAUCAUCGCAAGACGUCCUGACAGCAGCUGUGUUCUCUCCGGCCAUGGCUGUUUCAGCGGCAACCAACGGCUCAUCUACAAUGACCCCCUCCGUGGAUGGUGGCUCAGGAAAGGCCCAUGACUCUGGGAACCCGGAGUACCUGGCGUUCGUGCUGGUGCCGGUCUUCUUCCUGCUGGGUCUCCUGGGGGUUCUGAUCUGUCACAUCCUGAAGCAGAAGGGGUAUCGCUGCACCACGGACGCCGAGGACGACGAGGACGAGUGCGUGGCGGACGAGAAGGACGCAGAGUGCGCUGCGGAGCUGAACGACACCUUCAGUGACAGCAACAGCGACACAGUGGGUCAGAUCGUCCACUUCAUCAUGAAGAAUGAAGCUAACUCGGAUGCACUGAAAGCCAUGGUGCAUGACAACAGUGUGGAUUCUGAAGGGCCCACCACCCCGAACUCGCCCACCUCGCCCACCACGCCCUUCUCACCCACGCCCCCCAUCACCCCGGUGUCGCCGGGGGCGCCGGCGGGCGCGGCCAAGCACACCUGCAGCCACCUGCACACGAUCGGGGGCGUGGGCGGGCACAAGAACAUCUGCAACCGCUGCAGCCAGAAGAAGUGGCCCCUGAUGAGGCAGGGGAGUCGGGCCCGGGGGGCCGACCGCCGCAGUCACCCCGGAGAGGUCACUGUGCUGUCGGUGGGCAGAUUCCGAGUGACGAAAUGUGACCCCAAACCGGCGAAGGAGAGGCGGACGCUGAUCAUAACGGAGGCCAAUGGCUCGGUGCCGUCAUCUCCCGUGGAGAGGGAACCCCGCAGCAGAACGGGCUCUGAGCGGGAGGAAAAAAAGGAGAGCGCAAAGUGACAGACGUAGAGAGGAGAGAAGCUUCCUGUGCAGAGACGCGGAGGCCCCAGCUGUGUCUGUGCCCUCACAGGGAAGUGGAAGGAAGAAUUUCGGAUUUUAACCCCAAAAAUUAGCGAUAGAGUGAUGUCAUCAUCGGUGAUCAGAGCCUACGAGCAGAGGCCUUGGGGCUCGCCUUAGUGGGUGAGCACAAGGAUGAGGAAGAGGAUGAGGAUGAUGAUGAAGGUCGGAGGCCCCUCCACACAAGUGCAUCCCCUCCACUGACAACACACCAACUUCCUGUCACAAAAGGGAAGGGUGAAGGACCAGGACAAUUUCACUGGUCAGACUGCUGGUCAUACACCACAGUCACACACACACACACACACACACACACACACACACACACACACAGAUGCAGUGUUCAUACCAACAAUUGUGGCCAGUGUGGCUCAAGCAGGCUGAUGUUUAAUGACUUCCGUAGGUAUGCAUGGAGUAACUGUGCAGAGGGCUCUGUUUAUAAGCCUUGGUUUUUUUUUAUUAUUUUUUUAAAAAAUUGCAAUAUUGCAACCAGAAGAAGGGAGUGGACCAGGAACGCUCAUGCAGAGCGGUUGAGCGGUCGAGCACUCAGUGAAACACGACCGCGGUCACAGGGGGCAGUUGCGUGGUGCUUGCGUGAGGGGCUAGUUCGACCACUGUGCUAAACACGGUCAUUCAGAAAGCUGAACAAUGUGCCUAGUGUUUCAAAUCCUCUUACCGUACAAUCUCUGCAGAAUCGUAAUGUCUUAACUCGCCAAAGAAAUGCAUGGAUUUUCAGCUGUUUCCUCCUCCAAAUAUCUAAACAUUUUUUUUCCUCUUACUGAAUUUUGAAUGGCUGCCAAAGAACAGGAUUAAUUUAAUUAGGAAAAAAAACAACAAAGUAACAUUUUAAAUAGACAAUGUUUCAAAUGGCUGUGAGAAGCUAAUUUUUUUUAGUCAUUAAAAAUGAAGUCCAUAGAGGCCAUAAACUCUAACAGCAGGUGAGACGUAUACCUCCUACAGAAUUUGUAUAUAAUACAGUCUUCAUAAGUCUCUUCUGAUGUGUGCAGAACUGUAGAAGCAUCCUGGCUCUGGUCAGUGCUUCCCCAAGUUUAUGCCAUGCUUACACUUAUUCAUCAGUGUAGUGUAAAAUAAGCCUCAGGCGGACGGCCUUGCAGUGAAACCAAAGAACUCUGAACCAGUGCUGGAUCUCAGUGGGUUUCUCCACUCGUACACCUUCCACCACCCACAGGAAUGUAGAUCUCUUCUGGAGGUCACACGGUAUUGCUGUUUUACCCGUUUCUUUGAACUUUACCCUUCUGCCUGUUUUUUUUUUUUUUUUUUUGGACUGACUGACUGAAAGUUGUAUGUCAAUUCUUCAGACUCUGUACUA